AUGAUGGAGGAAGAACUUCAAGGACAGGCAAAAUGGGGAGUUUUAGAGUCCAGCAUCUUGCAGGAAUGGGGAGUUCUGUCUAGUACCAUCUAUUGGACUGGUUGUGGUGUGGAGCCUGAGGGUGCCAGAUUUGCAAGGUCAUCGCUGGCAUGGAAGGUUGCAAGGGAAGAUCAUAUGGCAGUUGUCGUGAAUGGGGCAGGAUACAUUGGCAGCACCAUGGAAGAAACUGUACAGGGGUUCAGUUAUAUCUAUGGUUAUGUUAGCCCCAAGGCCCCCAAACACAAAAUGGUCAGGUCCGCGGAUAGACCAUGUAGCGAGGGCGGACAUUACAUGAAUUAUAUUGCAAAUAUAGUCCGCGGAUGUGCGGAUGAGCAACGGCGGACGGUCGAUGACACACUAGACCUUGUCACGUGUUCAGCUACCAACACAUUGCCAUACCUUGUCACCCAGUCGACAAAGUGGAUGCCAGCGAAAAAAGCCAGGGGAGGAGGAGGAAAGAAAGCUAAAGAGGAUGAGGCGUCGGUAUUGCAUAUGAACGACCGACCCAUCGAAGCGACGAUUCCGAAGACAGACCUUGCGAAAGAAACGCAAAAGCUCGACAACCAGGUGGCCAAAUGCAAAGUGGGGAUCGCCUGGGUCGAUCUUCUUGCAAUCGCAGGAAGGCUGAAGUUCGGAGUGUACAAUGACAGGCCCGAGAAUGAGACUGAAACGAAGAGGUUAGUAGAGUGCUUCGAGAAGUACGGUAUAGUAUCAAUGAAGGAGAUAUCCGCGAUACCGCUGAUCAUGAAGACAUUGCGUCUGAAGGAUGCGAAGAAACUCACCAAGACUUUCGAUGAACCAGAAGAGAUCGUCGAACUCGAGAUGAACGAUCUCGAUCCCAUCGUUGUCGCAUCUGGGCAACAUCGACUUGCCGCACUACGACGAUACAAUCAGUCGCUGAUGGACGAAUACUCAGUGCACGAGAAGAAGCGGGAGAAGAUACGUGCCCUGAAAAACGUCACCCAAGAACACAUCUCAAGCUACAACGAAUGCCACGAUGAGAUGUGCCGUUUGAAAGGGCUACUCCACGGCAAUGUGAAGUGGGGUGUCAUUAUAUACGAUGAAGACAAGUUACUCGAGAAAGGGACGACACUGGCGAACCACCUGAGCAGGAACAACGCCUUGCAUGAGUAUAAGGAGACUGAGGAAGAGGUGUUGAUCACCGUGUUCAAGAAAGUAAAGGCAGUAUUCGACAAAGCACCAUCCGACAAACGCAAUGAGCUGGCGAUCGCACAUUUGCUGGAGAUUCGUACGCAACAGGAGAAGAAUGCACGUCUGCACAAGGUGCUGCACCAAGACCAUAUGUGCACGUUCCUCGCGACGCGUUUGUUGCAGCUUGGCCCGCACUUCAGGCAUCGCCGGGAGUAUAUGGUGAACUGGCUUGCUAAGAAUAUCGAUGUUUGCAUGGGUAUGCGCGCCACCGUUUUCAAGCACUUGAGCUCGAAGGCCCCGUUCCCAAGCUCUGCUGAGGUGUCAGGACUCCUCGACAAAGUCGACGCACAUGAUGCUCCUGCGAUGGCCAGGGUAGCACAAUUACGCACGUCACUUGAGGCACCCGUCAAGUCGAAGGACGAGCAAGAUCUUUCGAUAUGGUCGACCGUGAUGGACACCCUCGACAAGCAUGCGUCGUUCGCCUUCAACGACAUGAAAGAUCACAUCGGGGAGAUGACCCCAGCGUAUGUCAGGCGUCUGAGCUCAUACCGCCAGAGCGUGGUGAAAUCACUGAAAGAUGCGUGGGGACUCACUGAAAAUGAGGACUUUGAAGGAAACGAGAUUCUGGCUCACCUUGAUCGAGUCGUCGCACAGGUCCUGCUUUAUCUUACGCCUGAGCAAGGCAAAACACACGCUCCAGAGCCGCUACUGUGUGGAUUCCUCAUGAACAACGCAUGGGACUCGUUCGUGCGCAUCAAGGACGGACUUCAAGAGAACUCACCUGGAUUCUCAAACGAAGGGAACGGAUCAGAGUGCAGUGCUAAGGUCUCGAAUAUCAUUUGGGAGCACCGACGUACCUUGAUGGUGCGGCUGACCAACUACAUGAUCAGCAGCAAGCAACACCUCACCCCACGAGCGAAGGACAAGAAGGAGCUGAUGAUUGCUUAUGAUGCAUUGCCGGAUGAAGAGGUGAUCGCGAGCGAAACACUUACGAAGAUUCUUCAAACUAGGAGGAUGAAGGCAAACAAGAGCCGAGACUUCUCGUCCGAACCUCCCCUGGAUUGGCUUCAGCCGACACUCAAGAACACUGCGAGGGAUAUCGAUCCCUGUAUGAAGGCAAUCGCUGUCGAACGUUUACCAAUUCAUUGGGGCACUUCGUCGCUUGUUCGAGGACAUGCUGACUCAUGGCGUGAAGAAGUUACAGACGAUCGACUCAUGAGGAGAACUAACCUACACGCAAGCAUGGCUGUGGUGGGACGGGAGCCUCCUGCUGCCAUCCUUGAGGGCAUCAAGGAGGUCGUCAUCAAGGAGCAACGGCAACAACAAGAGCGUCUUGUCAUGGAGAACAACGAUCGCGAGGCCAUUCAGAAACUGGUCGCUUACGUUGCAAACAUGCCAUGUGCCAUCUCUGUCUCUCCUCAGUCGAUUCUUUCAGCCGAUGUGGUCACCCCACUUCAAGAAUUGAUCACGGGCUUGGAGGUCAAUGCUGCGAGAAAUCGAAUGCGCAGGUUGAAUUCGGACAAGGCCAUGCUCGUUGAUUUGAAUGAGCUCGACUUCGACCUUGGGAUCCAGGUCCCUGAUGGGUAUGUUGACAAAUCAACUAUCGGAUAUUUGGCGACGACAAAGACUCACAAGCCUGAGGACGAACAGCAAUCACCGCCGAAGAAGAGGGCGAAGAAAGCCAAGAGUCGUAAUGUCGAGGAGAAGGACACACCUGUCCCACAGCCUGCCAAUGAGCAACCUGCAAAGAAGGACACAUCCAAGCAAGCGAAGGACCGUACUGUCGAGCAGGAGGACACGCCUCACCCUACGCAACCGUCAUCGCAACCUUGUUCCAAGUCUGCUGCUGUCGAAGCAACCCCUGCGACCACACCUCAAGCAAGAGCAGCCUCGCAGCCUGUGAAGCCAAAACCGAAACCUCGUCCUAUCCCAAAGAAAAUACACCGUCAGCCAUCACCUACCACCAGUGACAAUGACAUCGAGAUCGUUGACAUUGACACGGAGGCAAAGGCAGCAGACAAUAGCGCAGAUGCUACUAACGCCGCACCUCCUGCGUCAUCUACUCCUUGCGCCGAUGCAGAACAAUCGGAUGUGGAAAGCACCGUUCAUUCGUCUCAGGAGCAUCGUAAUAGUGACGACGAAGUAAUCCCCUCGACAGACCUGGGACACGACAGGUCUCACGCCACCCCACAACGCAGUGCUUCGCCAUAUCAUGGUUUCCCUACCACUGACACGAGUUCCUUCAAUCCGAACUCUGAAGAUGACGGUGUUGGGAUCAACGAGGAUGAUGAAGACCAGGACAUCAUGACGGACGUCGACGAACGUCGAGACGAUGUGCUAGUACCUACUCAGCUGUUGACUCCAGUCUCGCAGCCUCCAACACUCAAUGGCACUCAAUUCCAACGCAUCCUCCACCAGUGGACGGGGCAGGAUGAAGAAGAAGAAGGCAAAGGUCGCUCUAGCUGA